UUCCGCAUUCCGUGCGUGACGUCAAAUGAGGGGCUGGUCAUGUGAUGCCGCAGAUCCUGCCAGCUCACUUAUCGGAAGGAAGCAAAGAUGGCGGACUGGGGUAGAGGUUCCAGUUCAGGAGCAGUGGAUGAGAUGCUCGAUGCGGAGAAUAAACGCCUCACAGAUGAUCUCUCCACCAAAGUGACACGGCUGAAAUCGCUUGCACUGGACAUUGACAGAGAGGCGGACGACCAUAACAAUUAUCUGGAUGGAAUGGACUCGGACUUUAUGAGUGUGACCGGUCUUCUGAGCGGCAGCGUGAAACGAUUCACAGGAAUGGCUCGUUCCGGGAGGGACAAUCGCAAGCUCUUGUGCUAUGUGUCAGCUGGUCUAGUCGGACUCUUCUUCAUUCUCUAUUACCUUGUGUCACGGGCCAGCACGUGAUGAUUUGGUUAACCCUUUUCUAUGAAAGACACUGAUUAUGUACAGACACCCAGUGACCCACAUGCGGGGAGGGGUCUUUGGCAUAAUAUGAAAUCUGAAGAGGAUCCAGGCACUUUAAACAUAUUAUGAUAAAUCUUUAGAGACCCAAAGUUUCCACAUAAAACCUGACAAUUUGUAUGUAAAUAGCAUUUUAUAUAAUUCCUGAUAAAUUGCUUCCAGUUCACUUAGAACUAGUUCAGCCUUUAUGCGGCAUAUUUGGCUUACACCAAAUUCAUAUGUGUUAGAAAUGUUUUUAUGUGAGAAUUUUAUCUGUGGAUUUGUGUGGACAUGGGGAUAAGCACUUUAUUCUUUGGUGGAUUUUGCUGCUGCCAGUUGCAGUCUAAACUACAUGUGGACCCAGCCUAAGACCAUGUUCACACCACAGAAUUUCCAUACGGAAUUCUGCAGAAGAAUCCACCAAUGUCUCCGGCUUCUCCAGAAAGGAAAGUCAUGUUUAUUCUUUGUGCGGAGUCCGCAUGGAAAUGCACUGCCCUCUGAGACGGCACAUUUCCAAGCAGUCCUAGUGUCAGCAUGUUCUGCCGGCACUGUGUUGUCGGGCUUCCACCAUGUGAACAUAGCCUAAGACUAUGUGCAUAGAAAGAAAGACACGGCUGCGCAUCCACAUGCCAUACGUUGAUCUAUUGCUUCUCUGCACAGUUUUGUUAAGUAACGUCAGGUUAGGAUACAUUUUGAAAUAACUAUAUAAUCCCACUUGCCUCUUCACAGUCACCUGAUCUAGGUUGGUCCCUAAAGUAAAUGGCUGCUAAGCAAUGGAUCAAUAUAUAAGGCUAGGUUCACACUGCCGUUGUGCCCUGACCCGGACAGGGUCCCUUCAGCUCAGCUCUUUUUUUUAAUUUAUUUAUUUAUUUUUGUGCUCAUCAGACCCUAAACAGGUCAGAGCACAACUGACACCGCCGGGUCCAGGCUGAUACCAUUGACUUGAAUGGGGUUCAUCAUAUGUCUGGUAUUUUAGGGGAGUUGAGUGGAAAAAAAUCAAACAUAUAGGCCCAGAUUUAUCAAGCUGUGUGAGAGAAAAAGUGGAGUUAUUUUCCCACAGCAACCAAUCACAGCUCAGGUAACAAGCUCUGGUAAAGUGAAACCUGAGCUGUGAUUGGUCGCUGUGGGAAAAUCACUCCAGUUUUUCUCUCAAACAGUUUGAUAAAUCUGGGCCAUAGUUUCUGUUACUCUCUGCUCAACUCCUGUCCUUUCGACGGAGUGAGCGGCGAAGCCCUCUUUAGCGUAGCACAGCGACUGUGUGAACAUGGCCUUAAACUGUGCGCCCAUGUCUUUCUUUCUAAAUUUGUUGUACAUAAUAGAACACUAUGUUGCUUUCUUUUUGGGUAAUUAUACUUGCAGGCAGAUUGGGACUGACCAUGAUGUAGAUGAAAACACAUAUCCAUAUCGCACAUUUGUGAAAAUCUGUGUGGGUUAAUUUUGGACAUAAUCUUAGGGUGUAUUCACACAAAGAUUAUACAGUGAAUGGGAAGUUAUAAUAGCCGCUAUUGCGGAUCUGCUGUGUGUAAAUGCAUCCUUAAGCCCCAUUUCCAUUAUUGUAUUGGCUUAAUUUAUUAUUGGAGCCUUGACAGCUUUGAUAGAUUCGUUUGGAAACUUCCAAGAGUCUUUUGGCUUUUGGGGAAAAACAGAGACUAGUGGUGGUGUAAAUAGAGCUUAACAUCCGGUCAUAACUUAUGUUAGAAGGUGAGUAAUUGUACAAAUGCAUCACAUUACAGCUCAGAUAAGCUGUUAUAUUAGCUGAGCUUGCUGACUCCAACAAGCUACAAGUUUGGCCUAGAGCAAUGUAUUUACAAAGUUUUUUUUUACUUAAUUGUAGAUUUUAUGAAGGUGUUGAGAACAUGACUACAAAAUCUUGUAUACUUAUGAUUACACCAGUGCUUUGCAGUAUUAAGAAAUAUACCAGCAAAAAAAACCUAAAAGGUCACGUCUGAUAAAGCUCUGAAAUCCAGCUUGCAUGAUCCUUCUUCCCAAAGUCUGUGUCAGAAAGGGUCAGGAGACCCUAUAAAGAUUAGUCAUGUGACAGCAUCUAAUGCUUAAAGGAAUACUGUAGUAGAAUCUGAAGGAUAGGGGAUAAGGUAUAGAUCGCAGGGGGUCCAACCGCUGGGCCCCCCGCGAUCUCCUGUACGGGGCUGCAGAAGUCCGCAGGAAGGGGGUGUUCAGUCCGCACAUGACACGGCGGCCGACACGCCCCCUCCAUGUAUAACAUAGCCGACACGCCCCCUCCAUGUAUCCCAUAGAGAUACAUGGAGGGGGCGUGUCUGCCUCUGCUUCCUGCUGGGGACGGCGCGGUGCUUCCUGCGAACUGCCGCAGCUCUGUACAGUAAGUAGAUCGGACCUCCCCGCGAUCUAUAACUUACCCCCUGUCCUUCAGAUAGGGGAUAAGUUAUAUUCUACUACACUACUCCUUUAUGGAUCACACAAGCUGAAUUUCAACAUACCUGACCCGUUGUUUCUUUGACACACUUAUUAAAUGGUUAACAUUGUAAUAUCCACACGAAAAGAUCCCAUCUCCACGUUCUGGAAACUCCAUUCUCUGUCACCUUAGCAAGUGCCAUAUGGAAUUGUAGUGCCUAUCCAUAGGAUUUCCGGCAAGUGUAUUGCAAUGUGAGUCUAUUUGACUUCCAGUAUUUUUGUAUACAGCUCGCUUUAGCGUCUGAGAACGGAGUUGCCGUAGUUGGGAUCCUUUUUAAAGAGCAGUUGUCCGAGAUUAGAAAAUCCAUGGCUGCUUUCUUCCAAAAACAGUGCCAGUCCUGUCCACAGUUUAUAUGUGGUAUUGCAGCUCAGACCCAUUCACUUUAAUGGAGCAGGUGUGGUGCUGUUUCUUGAAGAAAGCAGAAAUGUUUUUCUAUUCCUGGACAAUACUUUUAAAGUGUCAUGAAAUAACAUUUGCUCACCCUUUUUGAUCUUGCGAACAUGCAGCUCAGAUGCUGUAGGGGGCGGUCUGGUCUGUAUACUUGUGGCUGACACAUGACCAUUGCAGCCAAUCGGUGGCCUCGGCAGUCAUGUAUUGUACUUCUGGCAUCACUGCUUGACAAUGUUUAGCCAAAAUGUAAUGAUAUUUUUAGAAUUUCUUAGUUUAGUUAUAUCUGUUUUUAGAUAGUUGGGUGGACCAAUAUGGUGUCCUAUAGUGACAGUCACCUACCUCACCACACUUCUGAAUGCCAAAUCUUAUGCAACAUAAUAUGUAAUUUAUAUCCCCAGAGCUCCUAUAGCUACAUCGGAGGGUGUGGGGCCAUUUAUAGUCCAUGUUUCUUUAUCUUUGCUGUCAAAACGUCUUUUCAAUAAAAGAGACAUGUAUAUUUA